UUUUUCAAAGUUUAGCUGGUCAAGUUAUCGCAUGCGCACUACAAAAUGCGCUGACCAUCAUCAUCGUUGUUUCAGACAUGGCGAAGGGUUUGCAUUCUCUGAAACUUGAAGAAAUUUUGAAGAAGGAGCUCCAAACCACACAAUGCCAAGGUUUAGGGUUUGCAGGUGGUGGUUGUAUAAGUGAGGGAAAGAGUUUUGACACCGAUCACGGCAGGGUUUUCGUCAAAGUGAACGAUAAAUCAGGGGCUAUGAAAAUGUUUGAGGGCGAAUUUAACAGUCUAGAAGCCAUUUGUCGAACUAACACUGUGCGAGUACCGAAGCCAAUCAAGCUGUUAGACCAUCCGUCUGGAAGUGGGGCAAUUUUUGUCUUAGAACAUCUUGAAAUGAAGAGCUUACGGAAAUAUCAAUCACAGCUGGGGACAGCACUUGGAAGACUACAUACGGAUAACAUCAACAAAUUACAGAAGAAUGCAUCAGAGAGCAAUAAGGUUGGCAAGGGUCAGGAUCCUGUUGCCGUUGAAAAGUUUGGUUUCCCUGUUACAACAUGUUGUGGCUUCAUUCCACAGAAUAAUGAAUGGUGUGAUGAUUGGGUGACAUUCUACACCAGAUGUCGAUUACAAUAUCAAAUGGACCUAAUUGAUAAGGAGUAUGGGGAUUCAGAGGCUAGAUCACUUUGGUCAAGAUUACAGCUGAAAAUUCCAGAGUUUUUUAAAGGCAUGGAUAUAAAGCCGUCACUUCUUCAUGGAGACCUUUGGAGUGGAAAUGUAGCAGAAAUGGAUGAUUGUCCAAUUGCAUUUGAUCCCGCCUCGUACUAUGGUCAUCAUGAAUUUGACUUAGCCAUUGCCGCUAUGUUUGGUGGCUUCUCCAAAGAGUUUUAUGACUCAUAUCACACUCAGGUACCCAAAGAAAAAGGCUUUGAUAAACGGCAUCAGCUGUACUUGUUGUUCCAUCAUUUAAACCACUGGAAUCACUUUGGAACAAGUUACAAGUCAUCUUCUCUAAGGAUUAUGCUUGGACUAGUUGAAAAUAGCUAGCAAAAAGUGACUGACAAUUUUGUGUUAGACAAGAUGGAAUAUUCAAUUCAUACUUUUAAUUAACAGUUGACAUGUUUUGUUGUUGAGGACAAAAACAACUAGCAAAAGAAAACUAGAUUCAAUCAAAUUGUAAAAAGCAUAACGUUUAGUUUUUGGGAAAGAAAAUGUUACUUUAAGAUAAUAAACCUCUAAAAUUUUA